AUGGACAAAGUGAAAGAAACUGUCGGACCGAGGCAUCAAAGAAAAGAUAUCAUAAAAAAGAAGUUGAGAAUGCCAAGUGGAACUUUUAAAGAUGACAGGCUUACAACAUCAGCAUCAUCCACCCCAGGUAGCACCCCUUCCAUUACCCCUAACGUCACCCCCCCACCCCCAUUGCAGGAUUGCAGCCUGCAGAAAUCCUCAACCAUGGAUGGCACCAACACCCAGGUCAACCUCAAGGUGGAUGACCCUGCAAAACUUAUACCACCCAAGAUUGAAAUCUCAGACACUGAAGCCAAGUGGCAAACCUCAUGGCCACAUAAACUCAAACCCUGGGACAUUAAUGUUUUGACACCAUCGGGCUUCUGA